AUGUCUUUCUACAGAAAUCUUGAUGGUGAAACAAAUGGGUACAAGGAUAAAGAAAUCAUCCCGCAAGAUGGAUCAGCCAUGGACAUCAUUGCCCCUAUCCUGAUCGCAGCAGGAGUACUACUCGCUGUUGUCUGCUGAUGUGCUUGAUUCAUUAUUUGAGUCAAAUGUGUCAUCCUCCGAGGAGACAAAGCAAAAGUCUUAACUUUAAAGGAUAUGAAAAAGAAGCCAGAAGAUGAAAAGACUGAUCGUAAAUCAUCUGAACUAGGUGACCAUGAGUCCCACAUUGAGGGAAGCAUUGCAGAAUUUCCGGAAAAUUCACAAGAAGAUCAAAACAGUAUCUGUGAAAGUGACAAAGAUCGCCCGAUUCUCAAUUUACAGAAAUGAAAAUUAAAUUCCUGCCUAAAUCCGCUCAUAAAUAACUUUACAAGUGAGAAAGAGGUACCUGUUGUUUCAAACACAAGCAAGAAAAUACCAUCAAUAAGCAUUUUGAACAGAUCAAAACUUGGGUCUCCGAAAAGAGUGAGUAUAAUGAGCUAUGGCUCUACCCAAAUCAGCCAGUCGAUCCCUGAACAACCAAAUGUCCGCAGAUACACUCACUUUGAAACUCCAAUUGUCGAAGAAGAUCUCGAAAUGAACACCAAUAGAGAGCCAAAUACGAAAAAGAUAAAGAAAGCUAAUAUAAUAACUAAACCUCCUAGUGAGCAAUCAUCUUUAAAGAGAAAGAAGAAGAAAAAGUCAUGAACAAAAAUUCAGUAUUUUGGGAGCCAUAAUGAUUUUAACCCUUUCAAAGAGCUCCAACCACUACAAGCAACCAUAAAUGUGCUGGAUGAUGAUGAAGAACAGAUGGAUAGUAUCAAUUCCCGUCAAUCUUCCUGCAAUAUUUAUCAAAAACCUGACCAUAGUAUGGAGGAUGGAAGAAAUUUGGCAAAUCUUAGCCUAGGCCACUCAUUACUCAGAGGUAAACCAGUUCACAACAACCAUUCAAGGAGGUAUUAUGCGGAAAGGAUUAAUAUAAAUCAAUAAUUUUUCCUAAACUUGGG